CGUAGACUAGAAAAGUAACAAGGUAAGUAGGUAACCGCACUCAUUUUGACCCUCUUCUGUCUUCUCCCACACUGAUUGAUUCUCGAUAUUCAGAAGAAGAAAUCCAUGGCGACUUCAAAGCUUCACGCUCUAUGGAACCAUCCUGCCGGUCCUAAAACCAUUCAUUUUUGGGCUCCGACAUUCAAAUGGGGCAUUAGUAUAGCCAACAUAGCUGACUUCGCGAAACCACCAGAGAAAUUAUCAUAUCCUCAACAAAUUGCUGUCACAGCCACUGGAAUCAUUUGGUCUCGCUACAGUACUGUAAUUACUCCUAAAAACUGGAAUCUUUUCAGUGUAAACGUUGCAAUGGCUGGAACUGGUCUUUACCAACUUUCCCGAAAGAUAAAGCAUGAUUAUUUCGAAGAGGCGGAACCUGUUCCUGCAAAAGAAUGAUGACGAAAAGCCGACAAAUAAUGAUGCAAAAGUGUCAUUUCAUGCCAUGGAUUUUAGACUCUCUUUGGCCUCUUCGAUUCUUUUUUUCAUUUUUCUUGUUUUUGCUGAUGAAUAUGGUUGAUGAUUUGAUGUUUCCAUUUCCUCUCUCGUGUUUUGAGUUUAACAUUGAUGGGCCAAUUCUUGAGCUUUAUAUUGAUGGGGGCAAUUCUUGAGUUUAAACAUUGUGACUUUUGAGGCUGAGGUACCUGUAAUUUACAUUAAGAAUCUAAUUCAGGAAAUACAAGCUCCUCAUACCAUAGCGGCAGAA